GACAAAGGGGCAGGGGCCGCGGGAGGGGCCAAUCCGAAUGAAACGGUUUAUAUAGACCGCGUGGACGCAAACCAAACCAGUUUUACUCAACGAGGUAAACAAAACAUAUCAGAGGGACAUCCAAGUUUUCGCCAGGCGAUUGACCUCUCGACAAUGGAUACGUUAAAUAUAAAACCAUUAAGUCAGGAACUAGAGUGGUCUCUGGAUGCGCCAAGCGGCGUUGGAGCCACUCGGGAGCUGGUUGACCAAGCUCCCACCGCCAUGGCCUGCAGCUCUGGGGAGGAGAGGAAGAUCCGCCGCGUCACCGGCCGCUGGGGAGCCGAGUGGUUGAGCUGACUCGGCUCCGGGACUUCCAAACCCGCCGACCAAUGGCCGGCGGACCAUCCCCUGCCGUUCCCCCGGUGGGGGGCCCCGCGCCCAGCUUUGCACCUCACCCUCCACCAAUACGAGGAUCUGGUCGCCAAAGCCGAGGCGUUGCUGAGCCGACUCGUGGUCAACGAACACUACGAUUCCGUUAACAACUUCAUCUCCUUGUACGACGGUUACAUGGCUUCACCUGAUGACAACUUGUUAGAGUUCUACCAGAAAUAUAACCCACCUAUCCGCCCCCACAAAAACACUUGUGUCGGAUUAGCCAUGGAGACCAUGAAAUGUCUGAAGGUGCUCGAGAACGACUUCCCGGGGAUAACGAAGUCGAUGAUGGUGGUGUCGUGUGAUGAGAACAUCCAGGACUUGUUGGACUACACGACGUCGUUCCCUGGCCCGCAAGGAUUCUUGAUCGAGACGGAGAAGGACCAUGUGAUGAUGGUGUGCCAUGUGAGGGUGGCAGGCAGACCCGGAGUGUUCCUGUCUGACCUGGGGUACCAUAUUUCGCGAGUCGUCACCGUUAUGGCUGACCGUUGUUACCCGCAUACAGGCUGGUUCACCCAAUCAGACGAGCCUCACUGCCGCAAGCAGUACAACUACCAGUUCAACCUGCACAACCCCAACUACAUCGAGUGGCACGAGCGGGAGACCAGGGGAGACAAGGUCAAGGAGCGACUGUCGCUGGUGUACGUCGCUAAAGCCUACCUCACCGCCGUCGCAGUGACUGAGAAGAGGAACCUGGUGUGGGAUAUGAAGAGUCUUCUAGGCAGAAAUCCCAAAGGCCACUUGACAGCCGGUAUCUACUUUAUAUCCAAGAAGAAAGACACGCAGUUUACAAUGUUCUAUGACGGUCUCAACGGCAAGCAGAGAAAGAAGUUCAAGUUUGAUACCUUCUUGGAAGUGCAGAAGAUACCAGAUGAGGUAGUAAACGAUGUGGAGGAAUGCAACGACCAGCUGCGUCUCCGAGACGGGGAACUGCUUUCUUUGCUGAAGAAGCUCGCCACCAUCAUGAGCGACGAGGAGUUCAUGGACGAACUACUGGAAAUAAACGACAAGGUCGUGCAACUCUCCGCCGGGGAAAAAUAAACAUCUCAGCAGUUAGACAUGGGCGUAGCAACUUAGGGGUUUGUUUUUAGGGUAGACCUUAGACACGGAAGAUUAGAGGCUAUUUCAACAUUCCUUUGUGAAAUCAUAAAUAUCGAUUGUAGUGUAUUUUUCGAAGUUUUAAGGAGACUUGAUUUGAUUUGAGAAAAUACAUCGAACUCAUCUGGUUUCACUACCUCCUGAUGAGUGUAAUAUGGCUUAUUCACAAGUUUUGUCCAUGCCGUUUGACACAAAGUAAGAAAAAACAUGCGUUUAGACUAUCUGAGACUUGUGAAACGGUGGUGAAACUGACUUAGUCUCUCUUAUUAUUUAGUAGUUAGGAGGAAAGUUGAAGAAUAGUAAUAACUAAAGGACACAUUGCAUAUUAGUCUUAGUUUGUAAUAUUUUGGGGUAUUUUGUAGUUACGCCCUAUGUCGAAACUGUCUGAAGAUUGAAGUGUUAACGGAAUCUUAUAAUAUCAUUAAUUUCAAGCACUUUAUUAUAGUAGUAACUAGUAGUGUUGUAGUGUCAUCAUGUGUAUUAUUAUACUCACCAUUUAGUUAGCGAAUCGGCUCAUUCGGGGAAUAAAAUUUAAAAAAUCCAAA